AACGCUCAUAUAAAAUAAAAGAAAGUACACAUGUCUUAGAAAAACAUUUUAUUUUGUAAUAACACUCGUUUGUCCGAAAGGUGUGAGAGUCAUCCGCUUAGGCAAAGCUAAUCCUACGCUACCCACCUUCUUUGUCUCUCUUUUUCUCUGUGGAAAUCUAAGCUGAAAGAGCGCAAAUCUUUGGUUCUCCACUGGGUCUGGGCUUUGAGAAUGCUCAUGCCAAUGCUGCCUCUAAGAAUAGCAAGAAAUAAUUGAUGGAGAAUCAUAUGAAACAGAUGAAACAGUGAUUAUUAUGUCUGGGCUGAUUGAAGGUCUUCCUGACGCUGUUGCUCUUAUGUGCCUUGCACUUGUCCCUUUCUACCUUCAUCCUAAGUUGGAGCUCGUUUCACGUUCCUGGCAAGCUGCUAUUCGUAGCCCUGAACUAUUUAAAGCUCGGCAGGAGAUAGGUGCAACAGAGGAUCUGUUAUGCGUGUGCGCUUAUGACCCUGAAAAUUUAUGGCAGCUUUAUGACCCUCUCCACGACCUUUGGAUUACACUUCCAGUUCUCCCCUCCAAAAUUAGGCACCUUGCCCACUUUGGUGCCGUCUCCGCUGCUGGAAAACUGUUUGUGCUUGGUGGUGGCAGUGACGCUGUUGACCCAUUGACUGGUGACCAAGAUGGGAGCUUUGCUACCAACGAGGUAUGGUCAUACGACCCUGUAACUCGGCAGUGGUCCCCUCGUGCACCUAUGCUUGUACCUCGUUCUAUGUUCGCAUGCUGUCUUUUGGAUGGAAAAAUAGUUGUUGCUGGUGGUUUCACCAGCUGCCGAAAAUCAAUUUCUCAAGCGGAAAUGUAUGAUCCAGAGAAGGAUGUGUGGAUUCCAAUACCUGAUCUCCACCGCACCCACAAUUCAGCAUGUUCAGGGGUUGUGAUGGGAGGAAAGGUGCACGUCUUGCACAAGGGGUUGUCGACGGCGCAAGUCUUGGAUAAUCCGGGGCUUGGAUGGACGGUUGAGGAUUCUUGCUGGCCCCAGGGUCCAAUGGCAGUUGUUAAGGGUGCACUAUACGUGAUGAGUCAUGGAAUCAUUUUGAAACAGGAUGGGAACUUGAGGAAGGUGGUGGUUUCAGCAUCUGAAUUUCGUAGGAGGAUUGGGUUUGCAAUGACUGGGCUCGGAGACGAGAUUUAUGUUAUUGGUGGAGUUCUUGGUCCUGACCAGUGGAACUGGGACAUUGAACAAAUGUCUGAUGUUGAUGUUCUGACAGUUGGGAGUGAGAGACCAACUUGGCGCCAGGCAGCUCCCAUGACAAGAUGCUGUGGAACUAUUUUUGGGUGUACACAGCUAAGAAUUUAGGUCUCUCUAUUUGUUCUGUUUUUUUUUUUUUUUUUGCUGUGAAAUUGUACUGUUGUUGCGAAUUUAGAUCCCUCCUUUUGAAUACAAUGAAUGAGCUACCUUGUUUUAUUUGUAAGCCAUUAUCCUUGGCCUUGUUUUCUUCUGCUGCUUUGUACUUGUGAAGGUCUAGCACCAGUGGAAUGGACAAAAUAUUAGUGUUACCUUGCAUCAAUUUUAUUCAAGUGUUUGUUCAAAAAGAA